GCCGCCGCCGCCCCGGGGGCCAUGACCGUGGAGCAGAAUGUGCUGCAGCAGCAGAGCGCGGCGCAGAAGCACCAGCAGACAUUUUUGAAUCAACUGAGAGAAAUUACUGGGAUUAAUGAUGCUCAGAUACUGCAGCAAGCUUUGAAGGAUAGUAAUGGAAACUUGGAAUUAGCAGUGGCUUUUCUUACUUCAAAGAAUGCCAAGACCCCUCAGCAAGAGGAGACAACUUACUACCAAACAGCACUUCCUGGAAAUGAUCGCUACAUCAGUGUGGGAAGCCAAGCAGAUGCAAAUGUGAUUGAUCUCACUGGAGAUGAUAAAGAUGAUCUUCAGAGGGCAAUUGCCUUGAGUUUGGCGGAAUCAAACAGGGCAUUCAGGGAGACUGGAAUAACUGAUGAGGAGCAAGCCAUUAGCAGAGUCCUUGAAGCCAGCAUCGCAGAAAAUAAAGCAUCUUUGAAGAGGACUCCGACGGAAGUGUGGAGAGAUUCUCGGAACCCUUACGAUAGGAAAAGGCUGGACAAAGCUCCAGUUGGGCUCAAAAACGUUGGCAACACGUGCUGGUUUAGUGCCGUUAUUCAGUCAUUGUUCAAUCUUUUGGAAUUUAGAAGAUUAGUCCUGAGUUACAAACCUCCAUCAAAUCCUCAAGAUUUACCCCGAAACCAAAAGGAACAUCGGAAUUUGCCAUUUAUGCGAGAGCUUCGGUAUCUAUUUGCACUUCUUGUUGGAACAAAGCGGAAAUAUGUUGAUCCAUCAAGAGCAGUUGAAAUUCUUAAGGAUGCUUUCAAAUCAAAUGACUCACAGCAGCAAGAUGUGAGUGAGUUUACACACAAAUUGCUCGAUUGGUUAGAAGAUGCCUUUCAAAUGAAAGCUGAAGAGGAAACGGAGGAAGAGAAGCCAAAGAACCCAAUGGUAGAGCUGUUCUACGGCCGGUUCCUAGCUGUGGGAGUGCUUGAAGGUAAAAAAUUUGAAAAUACUGAACUGUUUGGCCAGUACCCACUUCAGGUCAACGGGUUCAAAGACCUGCACGAGUGCCUGGAAGCUGCUAUGAUUGAAGGGGAAAUUGAAUCUUUACAUUCAGAGAAUUCUGGAAAAUCCGGGCAAGAGCAUUGGUUUACUGAACUGCCACCUGUCUUAACAUUUGAGUUGUCAAGAUUUGAAUUUAAUCAGGCAUUGGGAAGACCAGAAAAAAUUCACAACAAAUUAGAAUUUCCCCAAGUUUUAUAUCUGGACAGAUACAUGUACAGAAACAGAGAAAUAACAAGAAUUAAAAGAGAAGAGAUCAAGAGACUUAAAGAUUAUCUCACAGUGUUACAACAGAGACUAGAGAGGUAUCUCAGCUAUGGAUCGGGCCCUAAAAGAUUCCCCUUGGUAGAUGUUCUACAGUAUGCAUUGGAGUUUGCCUCAAGCAAACCUGUUUGCACGUCUCCUGUUGAUGAUAUUGAUGCUAGCUCCCCACCUGCUGGUUCCAUGCCAUCACAGCCAUUGCCAAGCACAAUGGAACAACAGGGAGCGUCUUCUUCAGAACUGCCAAGCACAUCACCUGCAGCAAUCUCUGCCCUCCCUUCAAGAUCAGUAAUACAUAAGCCCUUCACACAGUCUCGGAUACCUCCAGAUUUACCCAUGCAUCCAGCCCCAAGGCACAUAACCGAAGAAGAAUUUUCUGUCCUGGAAAGCUGUUUACAUCGCUGGAGGACAGAAAUCGAAAAUGACACCAGAGAUUUGCAGGAAGGCAUAUCUAGAAUCCAUCGAACAAUUGAUCUAAUGUACUCUGACAAAUCUAUGAUCCAAAUUCCUUAUCGCUUACAUGCAGUUUUGGUUCACGAAGGCCAAGCUAAUGCAGGACAUUACUGGGCAUACAUUUUUGAUCAUCAUGAAAACAGGUGGAUGAAGUACAAUGACAUUGCUGUGACAAAAUCAUCAUGGGAAGAGCUAGUGAGGGACUCUUUUGGUGGUUAUAGAAAUGCCAGUGCAUACUGCUUAAUGUACAUAAAUGAUAAGGCACAAUUCCUAAUACAAGAGGAAUUUAACAAAGAAACUGGGCAGGCCCUUAUUGGAAUAGAAACAUUACCACCAGACUUAAGAGACUUUGUUGAGGAAGAUAACCAAAGAUUUGAAAAAGAAUUAGAAGAAUGGGAUGCACAACUUGCCCAGAAAGCACUGCAGGACAAGCUCUUAGCGUCGCAGAAGCUGAGGGAGUCGGAGUCUUCUGUGACGACAGCACAAACAGGAGAAGCAGACUAUCUAGAGCAGCCAUCACGAAGUGAUUUCUCAAAGCACUUGAAAGAAGAAACGGUUCGAGUAAUUACCACGGCAUCACAUGAGCAUGAAGACAAAAGCCCUGAAACAGUUUUGCAAUUGAAACCUGAAAAUGCCACAAGCCAACCACCUUCUAACCAGCAAGUUGUAGAGGUGGCAAAUCCUCCUGUAGGGAAAUUUAUGAUUGAGUCAAAGGAGGGAGGUUAUGAUGACGAGAUCAUGAUGACACCGAACAUGCAAGGUAUUAUCAUGGCGAUAGGUAAAUCCAGGAGUGUGUAUGACAGGUGUGGUCCUGAAGCAGGGUUCUUUAAGGCAAUAAAGCUGGAGUAUUCCAGAUUGGUUGCGUUGGCCCAAGAAGAUACCCCACCAGAAACAGAUUAUCGUUUACGUCAUGUUGUGGUCUACUUUAUCCAGAACCAGGCGCCCAGAAAAAUCAUUGAGAAAACACUGCUAGAGCAAUUUGGAGAUAGAAAUUUGAGUUUUGAUGAAAGGUGUCACAAUAUAAUGAAAGUGGCUCAAGCGAAACUUGAAAUGAUAAAACCUGAAGAAAUAAACUUGGGGGAAUAUGAGGAGUGGCAUCAAGAUUAUAGGAAAUUCAGGGAAACAACAAUGUAUCUCAUAAUUGGACUAGAAAAUUUUCAAAGACAAAGUUACAUAGAUUCCUUGCUGUUCCUAAUCUGUGCUUAUCAGAAUAACAAAGAACUCAUGUCCAAAGGCCCAUAUAGAGGACAUGAUAAAGAAUUGAUAUCACAUUAUAGAAGAGAAUGUUUACUGAAAUUAAAUGAACAAGCUGCAGAAUUGUUUGAAUCUGGAGAAGAUCAAGAAGUGAAUAAUGGUCUGAUUAUCAUGAAUGAGUUUAUUGUCCCAUUUUUACCCUUGUUACUGGUGGAUGAGAUGGAAGAGAAAGAUAUACUGGCUGUGGAAGAUAUGAGAAAUCGAUGGUGUUCCUACCUUGGACAAGAAAUGGAAUCAAACCUCCAAGAAAAGCUGACGGAUUUUCUGCCCAAACUGCUUGAUUGCUCUACAGAGAUGAAAGGUUUCCAUGAGCCACCGAAGUUACCGUCAUAUUCCACUCUUGAACUCUGUGAGCGGUUUGCCCGAAUCAUGUCGUUCAGUCGGACUCCUGCUGAUGGAAGAUAAACUGCACUCACUCUCCCUAAACACACUGUGUAACAUUUUUUAGUUAUUACCCCUUGCCUUCCUGUCACAGGAUAAGCUUGUUGCUGCUAUAGGUUUUAACUUUUUGUUUUUAUUUUAAUAACUGCAAAAGACAAAAUGACUAUACAGACUUUAGCCAGACUGCAAACAAUAAAGCUGAGAAUCGCAUGACACUCAGACUUUGUUUUAACCAGAACUGAUGUGUAAUUCUAAAUCCAGUUGACUUUAUUCUGGCAAACCCAUGCUUUUGCCACCCUUUGUUACAGUAUUACUUUGCUUCUACCUUUAUCAGCAGCUUUCCCCACAGUCUGGCCCUUCCAGGGCUGCAGCCAUUUAAGUGUUCAACAUUAUGUACAAUAGCAUAAUAUUUGGUAGCUUGUAAAUGAAAUUAAAGAAUAAAGUUUUAUUUAUGGCUACCUAUGUGUUUGUAAGCAGGUAUAUUGUAUAUUAGUGUAUUAUUUUAGUUCUAAUAUAUAAAUGAAUUUUGUCUGGGGAUUGAUAAAGAUUGGUGAUGAACAAAUUGAUACAAUCUUUAAUUUUGCUCCAAUGUUAGCACAUUGGACAUUUACUAAAUAUUUGACACGUAAAUAUAUUUAUAUUUUUUACUAAGUUGUGGAACUUAGUAUGACACCUAAACCUAUUUUGAAUUCAAAUAAUGUUUUCACUGAAAUGAGUGACUGAUUUUUAAGUCAAACCACACUGAAACUUUUAAGCUUUUCUUAGAACAACCUUUUAUUUUUCUAUGUAUUUAUAACCAAUAUAGCAAGGUAAUUAUUAAAAGAGAAAUCUGAAAAAGUACUUGAAUAAGGGCUACUUAAUUGUGAAACUUAAAAGAUAUGUAUAUAUAUAUAUAUACACAUACACACACACACAAACACUUUUAUUCUUCAUAAUGGAGAACAAUGUUUUGCAUUAUAUAAUCAUUCUAUUUUUGUAAAUUGUAUACCACUUUAAUUGAAUAUGUUCUCUACUAAUCAAUGCUGUGAAAUGAAGUUGAUGUUGUUAAAAUAGAAAUUGUGAGUAUCUUUCCUGCUUUUACUUGCCUACUUUUCAAAAAGGAGCUAUCUGUAGAACAUUUUGUAGAUGAAACUGUGUUUAAGUUCAAUGAAGUAAUAUUGUGAAUGCAAACCAGUGCUUUAAAGGUAAUCAUGUUACCAACAACCUAUUUUUGGAUUUAUAAAAAAUGCUUUAUAAACUAUUUUGCUAGCUUAGUAAAGCAUUCAUUAUAUCAUGUGUAUGUUUGUUGUAGCGACACCAAAACUAGUGCUUUUUACAAACACCUUACAAAAUAGUAGGAGGAAAAGGGGGAAGAAAUUAUUCAGUAACAUGUGAUACUCUUUAUAAAGUUAUCUGUACUGAUACAAUAUUAAUGACAAGGAAUGGAUACUGUAUCUGUUAUAAAAGUUAGAUCUUGCAGAUUAUAACUUUCAAAAUAUUUUGGUUUAGAUUUUAAAUUCUCUACUGAGUAGAAUUAGUAUUCUGCAUCAAGUUUCAAAGCCUGUCAAAGGUUUAGACACCUUAUAUGUAUCACCAAGGCUUUUGUAAACGUCAACAUUUUAUGAUAACAGUAAAGUUGAUUGUGUUCAUGUGUAUACUUUCCUACUGACAUGUAAAGUUCAUGUGUAUACUUUUCAAACACAAAAUACAAAUUCUUUCAAGUGACACAUCCAGGUAAUCAUGUGUGGCUCUUGUGCUAAAGGUAAGUGAUAUUACUAAAUUUAUUUUGCACUUUAAAACUAGGUUAUUCCUAACAAUAAAUCUGAAACUUAUUUUAAA